UUUUAUUUUUCAAAAAUUGUUGGCAACCGGUGACAGUUUUUUUUUUCAAUCAGUUUCGCGUAAAUUUUUCGUACAAAACGUUUAAUAAUACCAAAAUGAGACGGCAUCAAUCGUAUCCCAGGCCAGAAUCUACUUAUAAACCCGAUAAUAAGUCAGAAAAUCCCGUCAAAUUGAAAAAGAAGACGUCGAGUCCUGAAAGGGAUAUGCACAAAAUAAGGGAUAAACAGGCAAACGUUAAAAUAUGGCAAUCGAACCAUCAAUAUUUAAGGGAAAAUACUGGACUAAAGCAAAAAAACUUUUCCCCAGAUAUAACAGGCUCACAACACUCACUAGACGAGCAAAUAUUUACGGAAGUUUCUUUGAAACCCGACCAGAUGCCCAAACAAAGAUCCAAAUCGACAGUAAGCGACAGACAACCCUGGGGGCAACUCUUACACAGGACCACCGGGGGCGAACAUGAAUCAGUGUUUGGCAAAUGUGACCCCUUAAGGACGCUACACUUUUUAGCUCGGGAGUUACAAACCCUUAUACAAACCCGAAUGCCAGAUUAUUGUUCAGAGGAGACAAACUUACAAGAAAUCACUAAAGCUAUGCACGCUGCUUUAAAAAGGAUACCACCAGAAGUUGCUUCAACAGUUCAAUUGCAACAGCAAACUUUAGAUCUUUUACCCAAGCUGAAAUGUUUAUCCAGUAGAGAAUCUAUGGAAGUAUUAAAUUGUGAGAGGUCGGGAGACAACGAGAAAGGCGCCCAGACAUUGAAGAAAAGCCGUAGCAAAGAAUUUUCAGAAUUCCAAAAAUUAAUCGAGGGUAACAACAUGAAACUGGAUGCGGCCUGCAAGCAGCUGGAAAGUAUUUUGUGCGGUCAAUUAAGAGAUGAAAAAUCCGCGUUAGAAGUCGCGUUACAAAACGAGAGGGCGAGCGUGAAAUCAUUACAGCAUCGCAUCCAAGAAAUGGAAAAUACGAACGCAAUAUUAAGGCAACAACUCUCCCAAAAAGACGAAGAAAUCGUCCAACUGAAAACCAAAGUGGCAUUCGUCGACUCGAAACUGCAAGAACGUACCGCACACACCACGGACGUGCAGGCGACGUUGGCCGAACUAAAAAAAUCCAAAUGGACAACGGAACAGGACAAUUUGAAGUUGGAACACCAAUUGCGACUGUGCGCCAUUGAAAAGGAGAAAUAUUUGGCGAUAUUGGCGGUGCGGGACAAACAGAUUUACGAGAUCAGGAACGAAAUGACCCAAUUGCAGCAGUCGGUCAAUGAGCAACUUGUCGAGAUGCAUAAUUACGCCAUAGCAUCGGUCCCAUCAAAUCGGAUAUCGAUAACUGUACCAACGGCGAAUGCUGGUACAAUUUCAUCAAUCUACGGCAGUGACGAACUGUUUCCUAAUAAAUCCGAUCAGUCGCUUCCGGAUUUGGACGAAUCAGAGGACGAGGGACCGCAGAGGACUUAAAUUAUUCCAAUUCAACUGUGUUUGGGUCCAUAAGUGACUAAAAGUUUUGUACAUUUGUUUUUGUAAAUUUUAGUGCCUGUAGUACUUAUUUCAUGUUUUUUCUAAAGUAUAUAUCAUAAAUAAAAUGUUACUGCUAAAAUAGUAA